UCAUCUCACAACAGUGCAUCUCACAACACUUCAUCAUCAACAGACCUUUUCUUACUGUGCAAUUGCGAACUCUAGCCUUCAUUUAUUCAGAAUAACGGCUUUCCUUUUACCUUCCCCACAAAGCGACCAGCCAAGUCUCUCCACCUCUCAAACUCACCUCGUCAAUCCCAACUCUCUAACAACGCCAAAAUGACAACAAACGUAGCCAUCGAAACGUCCAUGGGCACGAUCAUCGUGGAGCUGUACACCGACCACGCCCCCAAAACCUGCCAAAACUUCUCCACCCUCGCAGAGCGCGGCUACUACAACGGCACCAUCUUCCACCGCAUCAUCAAGGACUUUAUGAUCCAGGGCGGCGACCCUACCGGCACAGGCCGCGGCGGGAGCAGCAUCUACGGCGAGAAGUUCGAGGACGAGAUCCGCGACGACCUGAAGCACACAGGCGCCGGCAUCCUCAGCAUGGCCAACGCCGGGCCCAACACCAACGGCAGCCAGUUCUUCGUGACGCUGGCGCCGGCCCCCUGGCUGGACGGCAACCACACCAUUUUCGGGCGGGUCAAGAAGGGGAUCCGGGUGGUGCAGCGCAUGGGCCUGGUGCCGACCGACGGCGAGGACCGGCCCAAGGGGGACGGGGUGCGCAUCGUGCGCGCGUCCGUCGUCGCUGCCGGGGAGGAGGGGGGGGAUGCGUUGUGAGAGAAGGGUUGUGUGCAUGGGUCGGGGCUAACGGCU